GUCACCAGUAGUGUCUUGAGUCUCGGAAACAUUAAUUCGAAUCUUUAUUUUUGAUUAACAUGAAGAUUUUGUUGAUAGGACUGCACGUUUUGGCUUAUCUGGCACUCGUUACGAACGGACUGUUGUAUCAUCCUUACGAAGAAAUCGGUCGCCAGUCGCAUGGUGAUCUAGUUGUCAAAACUGAGGAUGAUCCGAACACUGGCGAAUCUCGUUUACAGAUAAAACGAUGGACUGAAAGUACCAUUCCCUAUCUGUUCAUUGGAAACAUCACUUUGGAGCACAAGACCAUCAUACGGGACGCGAUGGAUGAAAUACAAGGGCUGAGCUGCGUAAGGUUUGUUGGUCGUGAAGCUAAGGACAAAAACUUUGUCAUCAUAAGCGUGUAUGAGUCCGGUUGCUGGUCGGCACUGGGCAUGCACGGUGGUGCACAGGACUUGAACUUAGAUCCACGUGGCUGUAUGACGAAGGGAUCCAUUCUGCAUCAGCUGCUGCAUACACUUGGUUUUACCCAUCCCAGCAGCAGACCGGAUCGAGAUUUGUACGUUAGAGUGGUACCGGCCAAUGUUAACAGCCAUGAUUUGGUAUACCUGGACAAAGCCGACCAGGGCGAGAUCAACGACUUUGGUAUACCGUACGAUUUCGAUAGCAUAAUGCACCGUAGUGGAUGGGCGUUCAGUGCCAACGGAAAGCAAACGAUUGUAUCUUCGAAUGGAGACACUGAGCUGGGACAACGGGAAAAGCUAAGCUUCAAGGAUAUUCGGAAGCUGAACAGAAUGUACUCAUGUGAGAUAUAUUAGGGUUGGAAUUACAACCGAGAUUCAGCAAGGUUUCUCGUACAUGGCGUCGAUAGAGAGUUGGAUUCUUCCACAAAGUUGUGGUAAAUUCGGUCGCCAAUAAUUUCAUAAAGUUUUAUUAUGAGAACUAACCAAAAAAUCAGUUUUUUUCAUUGCACCUUUUUAUAUAUAUAUAUUUU